AUGGAUAUGGAUUUCAACCUUCUGAAGCCACAAAUUAAAAACAGAUACGUUCACACCAGCAACCAAGCUCUGCGUAAAUGCUGUGGAUGUAUCCAUCUUCGGGUGGGCGCCGUGUUUAGCUGCAUUAUUUGGGCGGCUCUCUCGCUGUACUUUGCCAUCAUAUCUUUCCAAGAUCAAAGCCCUUUCUUUUCUUACAUGCCACGAGAGCCCGUACUGGUAUUUGGUGUCGCCAAUCUCAUUCUUACUCUGGUCUCCUUGGGCGGACUCUUUGCCUUAUUUAUGGACCGAUGGGAAGUGGUACGAAGGUUUUCACAUGCAGUAUGGGUGUCUAUUUUCCUUGUCCUUGUCGACGGUCUAGUCAACGUGAUUCUUUUCAUCACUGUACGCAACGAUUUUCAAGAUUGGUGUAUUUCGGCCUCUUCCAACCAUCUUCAGCAUUUACUGCCGAACAGUACCGAUUCCACGAAUUUCGAUUACCAAGGCGGCGAUUUUUAUAACUGCGAUAAACUUUGGCAGGAUGAACUGAAAUUCAGUUUUAUGGCCAUUAUUUUAAUGAUGGUACUUUAUGUAUAUUGGGCUGCCUGUAUCUAUUCUUUCAGUCACAAAAAGGGUGCUGUUCGGUUUACCGCAGCUCGCAUGGGAGACCCUGCCAUGGCGGCCGCUGCGGGGGCUAUGCCUGCGCCUCCUCCACCCAUGAUGCCUGCUCAAUUCAACGGAAACGGCAACGCUCCGGGUAUGAUGCCACCCAUGCCACCUCAAGGAAUGCCUAAUCGGUCCAAUAUUAUUGUACUACAAAACGAAAAACCGCGUUCGAAGACGAAAAAGAGCAUCAAGAAACCGUCAUUUUCGUUUCGCAACAUGAAGCCACGCCGGUUGAGGAAUACUGUUCAUACCUUGCCCUCGGAAGACUACUUGUUUGAUUUUAAGAUUGCCUCUGAUGGCCACGUUAUUGAUUUUUCAGAGAUGGAACCUGAACCAGCGCGUACAGAUAAUGCCAGCAAGACAAAACGCAAACCUUUACCUGACAGCUAUGACGUAUGA